CUGCCGGAAGGGAAGUGAAGCCGGGUCACCUCUGAGGAGCUGGUGCCGUUUGGCGUGUGAGUUGAGGCCCAGAGAUGUGGUUCGAGAUUCUUCCUGGUCUUGCCAUCAUGGGGGUGUGCUUGGUCAUCCCCGGGGUGUCCACUGCGUACAUCCACAAGUUCACCAACGGGGGCAAGGAAAAAAGAAUUGCCCGACUUCGGUACCAAUGGUAUUUGAUGGAAAGAGAUAGACGUGUCUCUGGAGUCAAUUGCUACCAUGUGUCCAGGGGCCUGGAGAACAUUGAUUAAGGAAGCAAUUCCCUGGCUGAUGAAAAAAAGUUACUCAGCUGUGGUCAUCUGUUCCUGUUAGAAGGCUAUGCAGCAUAUUAUAUACUAUGCGCAUGUUAUGUGAUGCUUAAUAAAAAGUUAAAAGA